AUGAUGGAGCAAAUGACUGGCGUGGAUGUGAGUUGGAUGACACACAGCUCAAGCAACAAAGACCCAAAACGACCUCGUAUGGUUCCGAAUGCGUCUGGCUCACAAGGGAAAUCAAGUCCGCCCCCACAGAAUGGCUCUACCCCUCCAAAGAAUGAAAACGAGCCCGAAGUUGUAACGACUCCACAGCCGAUUCCAAAUCGACCUGGCGUAUCUAGAAACACCUCCUCGGAAAGGAUAGUGACGACAAAUGGCACACCACCUAAAGUAUCUACAUCACCCAACAUGUCCCGCAGAAACUCGUGGUUAUCGAGCAUAUCCUCAAAGUUCUCGGGCUCACCUUCUUCGAGUCAUACGAGCAUAUCCCCCAGUACUUCGCCAGCAGCUUCUCCUGUAGAACCUCCGGUGCAAAGACCUGCAGGACCAAGUGCGCCCAAAAACGCGGUGCUAGUACAUGGGGUGAAGGAUGAUGGCGAUGCACCUUACGUUCCAGCGCCUCCGCGGAGUGGACCCAGCUUCUUACAGAGUGCCUUGCGGAGGCUGUCAUCUUCAGGUGGGCAAUUGUCUGGAUCAGCCAGAGGCCACCAUGGAUUGUGCGAAAGAAAGAUUCUGAACGUCGACCAUCACCGGGAAAGAUGCCCCAUAUCUGGGCUUGAACAGUCAAAACUAAGAAGGGUAGCUUUCUGUGUAGACGUUGAGAUAGCCAGCGGCCCCCGUUAUAUGGACGAGGAAGAGUCCGAUGAAAUCGAUAAUAAGAAUAAGGAAAAGAUGAAGCGAUCCAAAGAAAAGGGAGAAGGCACUGCAUUGAAGAAUCCGAACAAUUCUAUGUCCGAGAUGGAACAAGACGAUACUCCGAAAACAAAUGUUAGCAAACCUGAUGAAAAACUUACUGAAAGUGCUCAGCCAAAGGUCUCAGAAAAUACACCAGAAACUACAGGAUCCUCUCCACCAAUUGAAAAAGACAAUACCAAAAAGAAAGAGAAGAAGAAGCGUAGCGAAGAAGAGCGUAAAGCAAGAAAAGAGAAGAAACGAAGGCUCGCUGAGGCAAAUGGUACAAUCCCAGUUGAGUUGAAGAUUGAUGAGAGUGACAGUUCACUCUCGCCCACUUCCAAUACCGCUACUCCAAGAACCCACGCUUCGCCUACCACGGACCCUGUUCGAAUCUAUAGAAGAUGCUGUCAACUAAGAGAAACGCCAAUAUUGAAGAGAAUUGUUGAGCAGCUCACAGCCUCAGUAGCGACCGCUGCAAUACCUGGUCUUGUUGCCAAAUUAGAUCUCUCGGGUUAUUGGCUACAAUUACCUGACCUUGUCACCUUGGGAGAUUACUUAGCUGUGGUUCCCGUGAAAGAACUGAUAAUGGAAAAUUGUGGACUUACUGAUGAAGGUGUUCGUGUCAUUUUGGCUGGUCUUCUGGCCGCCAAGUUACCAACAUACGGUAGAAAAUCUCACACUCGUAAAGAGGGUCAAUAUCCCCAGGGUGGUAUAAUCGAAUCGCUAGUAUUUAAGAACAAUAAUAAGAUUGGUAAGGAUGGGUGGCGAAAUAUCGCUCUGUUUAUUAAUAUGUGCCGGUCGUUGAAGGUUCUGGAUUUGUCAAGGAUUCCUUUCCCCCAGGAUACCACCACACCAACGACCGGUUCUGGGCAUCUAAAGAAAACAGAUAGUAACACGAGUCACACGAGCAAUGAAGUCUCUUGCUUAUUAUCCAAGGCUAUUGGAGAUCGACUCGCCGGUCCAGAAUUCGAACUCUUGAAUCUGGGCCAUUGUGGCAUCAACAGCGAGCAAUUGGAUGGGUUAGUUGAUGGAAUUAUAAAGUCGGGCUUACGAAGACUUGGUCUUGCUGGUAAUGGGAUUACGUCAGUAGGGAUGGAACAUGUUGCUAGAUGGAUAAAAUUCGGAAAGUGCGAAGCUCUUGAUCUUGUUGGUAAUGAUCUCAAAGAUUCUAUGGAGAUCGUUGCGAAUGCCCUCGACGAAGACAACAAAAUUUACGCCUUGAGCUUGGCAGACUGUAACCUUAAUCCGGAUUCGCUGUGGCCUCUUUUCCCAGCCCUGGCAAAGCUGAAGAACUUCAAGUUCAUCGAUUUAUCGCAAAACCAUGAUCUGUUUGAGUCGAAUCCCAGUGCACUUUCUCUUCUGCGCAGAUACUUACCACGUUUGCCUCAACUCAAGCGGAUACAUUUGACUAAUGUAUCCAUGACUCCUGAACAAGCCAUCGCCCUUGCGGAAAUCUUACCGGAGAGCCCCAGUCUUGCGCAUGUGACUCUUAUGGAAAAUACGCAACUAGCUGCUCUUGCAAAUGCGAAAGACGAAGCAAGUCAGGAAGAGGCUUGUGCAUUAUAUGCCUCGUUAAUGGCCGCGGUCCGAGUCUCUCAGUCAAUUGUAUGUAUUGAUAUUGAAGUUCCGUCAAACGAUUCGUCCGAAAUUGUUAGGGCCUUGGCCAAGCAAGUUGUCGCUUACUGUCUGUGGAACAUGGAACGCGGUCCAGUUGCAGAAAUCAGUCAAGCUGUUGCUGCAAUCUCUGAUCCCCAUGCAGCUGCCAACGGAAAAGACGUUGCAGUUCCCGAAGUUUUGUUACACAUUGUGGGGCACAUGGAAGGAGUCCAAGAGAAUCAUGAUGAUGAUGAGCCAGCUCCUGAUGAAGAUUAUGUGAUUGGCGGGACAGGUGUGGUUAAAGCUUUAGGUAUCUGUUUACGAAACAAAGGCAAUGAUUCUAGGAGGCCAUCAAUGGAUCACGCUAUCUCCGAAUUAUCCAGACCAAGCAGCAGCUCGGCCACCCCGAACAAACCUGUGAAAGGUGGCAAAGCCAAGGAUAUGUCGAAGAAUCUAUUGGGAAGUGCCAGGAAGAUUCGGGCUAGAUUACAACCUGCUCUAGUCAAGGAGUCGAAGGCCAGUGAUCAUCACAAUUACAACCGAUUACUGUUCCUUGAUCAUACAUUACAAAAUAUGAUCAAAAGAUUUGAAGACGAGUUUCCUGAGACCCGCUUGUCACCAUCAUUAUCCGAUACGGAGCGAACAACCAUGACGGACAAUGCAUAUUCACUCCAAACUGAUUACGAAGGAUCAGACGUUGAACCCGAACCAUCCUUGGCUGAAAAUCAACCAUCAGAUGAAGAGGGAGGGCACGACGAGGGUGGAAUUCGCCCCACUCUAUCUCGUCACAACUCCGAUGUCUCAUUGGCCUCUAAAGCACUUUCACAGGAAGAAGGCAGGAUGCAUCGUUUUGGGCAGAAAAUUCGUCGUAAUCUUAUCAAACCAGAAAGCGAGGACAAAUUACAUGGAACUACGGGACACGAAAUUCAACCAGCACAUCUACAAUUUUUAAGAUCUAUGGUUGAGGACCUCCAAGGCGAAGACAUCAGAAACAAACUAGAGACCCUAGGCCCAGAUGCGGUGAUAGCCGAGCUGAACAACGAAGCUAGCAUUCUUCGACAGAGACUCAUCGAGAAUGAUCCUGAAGGUUGGCAGAAAUUCAAAGAAAGCCAAGAAGCCAUGCAAAGAAAUUCAAGUGUGGCAAACAUGGGCUCAAAUGGGAUAGUAUCUGAGAGUGCUAUCGAGUAAAUUCUAGGUACUUUGUAUUUUGGACUUUGAAAUUACUUGCAUGUUUUUCAUCAGCAUAGCGUGGUCUUUUAUGCUACUUACUAUAGUAUACUUCUUAAAUAGCGUUUUAUUUAUUGGAUAAUAUGACGGAAAUGUGUAUUACUAAGGAGGAGAAUCUUUAAGCAAAUCUUGUGGCGUUGAAUAGGGGAGGACAUUUGUGGUACAAAGUCUUGAAUGAGGGAUUGUACAAGUAGAUUAGAUAGUAAGAAGCUCAAGUUACGAUCGGCGCAUAUCAAUAUUCCAAGAUUGACGUAUAAUCUUUAUGAAUUCAUCUAUCUUACUUUAAAGUUACUAAUAUAAGAAGGAAUAAACACAUUUGUAGUACUUCUAGAUCUACCCACAAUCUCGACCUCCACAUAUCUUUUUAUACACAUGAAUAGCAGGUGGCGAGAGAAAAAUUGCAUUCAUUAACUUCAUACAUCCAUAUCCAUCCAUAGCACAAAAUUAUGUAAGCGGCGAUGAUGGAUUCGCCAGCAACGUAUUUUUAAUGACAUGGAAAAUAACUUCCAUCCAUCCUUCCAUAGCAGAACUAAGUAAAUCCAAAGCAAACCUCCUUCGCAGGUGACCUAUCAAUUAACGCCUGUGAAUACUUAGGAGAUGAUAGACGACAAAUGCACACAGCCAUCCAUUUCGAAUCUUUUUAUUUUGAUUGCCACGAUUUUCUGCCUUUCCUUUACCUUUUCCUUUUCCUACUCUCUUUUAGAUGGCUUUCCCAUGAAGUUCUCAUCCCAUUAAUUUCACCAAUCAUGUGAAAUCACUCCCUUCAUCCCCGCAUCUGCGUAUAGAUCUUGAAGUCUCCGCUCUUUUCACAUGAAUGAAGAAUUCAAUCUUAUUCUUUCAUCCACUUCAUCUCUCGCUCGCCACUAUUCUCCGCUUCAUCUUCUAGAGUCAUCACUCUCCCAUUCUCAAACCCACCAAUAGUAACAGGUUCCCAGGAUCCUUCAAUUGCCUCUCCAUUCCCUUUCAAAAUCUUCAGAUUACUAUUCUUCAAGCCCCGCUCAUAUAGUCACGCGCUCAUUCUCCUCUCGCUCUCGGCACACGCCUCACAUACUCCGCCCCCGAAAACACGCGUGUGGCGACGCCAGCCAUCGCCGGAAAUUAUCUCGCCAUUUACGACAGGGGUGUUGGUGAGGGGGUUGGGAGGCUUGGUGUAGGAGCGACGACGGGGGGGUAUUUCGGUGGGGGGAGCGGAGCCGCUUCCGCCUCCGUGGAUGGGAGAGCAGGGGAGAGGUUCGAGAGGCGAUGGUGGUGUGAAGGGAGGUGGUUGCGGGAGACGAGAAUAUGCUUUUGGGGAGCUGGACAUUGAAGAGGGGGAAGUGGUGAAGUCGAAAGAAGACGAGGAGGUUCUUGAGAGAGCGGGGUUGUCGGUAUCCAAUUUUGGAUUUUCAUCCAUGUAUGAAAAGAUAUUCACAUCGGACUUUUCAAGAAGAGGGGUAGAGGGACGGCUUGGUGGGAAGUGAUAUUGUAAUCUUGUUGUGGAACUGCGUUUCCUCCGUAUGAAGAUUGUGACGCAAAGAAGAAAGACCCCGCUUAGGAAUAGGUAGGGAGUGGGUAUUCUGGAGAAGAAGCCAUAUGUGUAUGCGUCAGUUAGUCCCGUGAUGGGCUCAGAUACGACGGGCAUGAUGGGUGUAUGGUGAGCUGAGUCUCGUGAUCUCUUGUAAAGUUGUCUCUCAAUUGUCGGGGUGUUGACAAAAUAUUGGAGGUUGAGAGUGUGAUGAAUGAAAGGAGGUGAAGAUGGGAGUAUUAGAUGACUGUAUAUAUGAUGAAGUAGAUGAGGUAUGCAUCUGGACAUACACUGUUGGGAAGAAGGAGGCUUAAGUAGAGAUUGGAACC